GACAUCAACAGCCAGCGCUCCCGCCUGCACGCAACAUCAAAAUUGAAGCAUAUUUUGCAUCGCAACUGCUUUCCCUGCAAUUCAAGGCUCAAGAAACUCUUCUUCGCGUCCACCUUGGAAAUUCUUCCCUUGAUUCCACUUUCUUGUAGAAAUCCCAGUAAAAUUUUGGAUUCUUGAUGUACCUCGGAAAUCAAGCCGAAAAUGACACUUUACAUGCCACUGUUCAGAGCCUGCAGAACCUCAAGAACACUCUUUCAACUCCACGCACAUCUCAUAGUCACUGGCCUACAAAGGAACCCCCUUGCAUCAACUAAGCUAAUUGAGUCCUACUCUCAAAUGGGCUACAUCAAAUCCUCAAAACUAAUAUUUGACAAUUUCCUAAAUCCAGAUUCCUUCAUGUGGGGUGUUCUGAUCAAGUGCUGUGUGUGGAAUGGCCUGUUUCAAGAAGCCAUUUUUAUGUACCAAAAUAUUGUGUAUAAUAUGAUCCAAUUUAAUAGCUUCAUUUUGCCAUCGAUUUUGAGGGCCUGCUCUGCAAUUAAUGAUCUAGGCAUGGGGAAAAAGGUCCAUUGUAGGAUUAUAAAAUCUGGGAUUGAGUCUGAUCCCUUUGUUGAGACUUCGUUGCUGAGCAUGUAUGGUGAAAUAGGGUGUUUAUAUAAUGCUAGGAAAAUAUUUGAUGAAAUGUCAGUGAGAGAUAUGGUUUCUUGGAGUUCUAUAAUAUCUAUCUAUGUUCGGAAUGGGGAGGCCAGUGAAGGGUUGAAAAUUUUCAGGAAAAUGACAACAGAAGGUAUGGAAAUUGAUUCAGUGACUAUGUUUAGUAUAUCUGAGGCUUGCGGUGAGUUGAGGUUAUGGAGAGCUGGAAAGUCAGUUCAUGGUUAUGUGGUUAGAAGGAAUAAUGAAAAUUAUCAUGGGGCAUUGGGAAGUUCACUUGUUGCUAUGUAUGGAAAAUUUGGUGAUUUGCGUAGUGCAGAACUGUUGUUUUACGGCCGUAUUUGCGAGAGUAUGUCUUUAUGGACAGCAAUUAUUUCAUGCUAUAAUCAAAAUGGAUGCUUUGAAGAGGCGGUAGCAACAUUUAUUGAGAUGCAAGAGAGUAAUGUAGAUAUGAAUACCGUUACGUUGAUGAAUGUUGUUUCUUCUUGUGCUAGGUUGGGAUGGCUUAGAGAAGGGAAGUCUAUUCAUGGAUAUGUUAUUAGGAACAAUAUUGACCUUGACAGAGAUUUUCUCAGGUCACAAUUAAUAGAUAUGUAUGCUAAUUGUGGAAAGCUAAAUUAUGCCCACGAGGUCUUUGAUAUGACUAAAGACAGGCAUAUUGUAUCAUGGAAUAUUCUCAUAUCAGGUUAUGUUCGUGAACAAAUGACCAAUGAGGCUUUCACACUUUUUGUUCAAAUGUUUAUUAAAGGGAUAUUGCCUGAUUCGUUUGCUUUGGCAAGUGUUCUAUCAGCCUGUGGAGAUACUGGGUUUUCUAAAUUUGGAUGUCAAGUACAUGGUUGUGCUAUCAAGACAUGCCUUUUGAACGAGUUUGUCCAAAAUGCCCUAAUUGACAUGUACUCUAAAUGCGGAUAUGUGGAUUCAGCCUAUCGGGUAUUUCUUGCCGCCCAACAAGAAAGCGUUGUAGCAUGGAAUUCUAUGAUGUGUGGAUUUUCUCAAAAUGGCUACUCAGAAGAAGCUAUUAGUCUUUUUGACGAAAUAUAUGCCAAAUGUCUUGAAGUGGACGAAGUAACAUUUUUAAGUGCAAUUCAAGCUUGCUCGAAUCUAGGAUACAUAGAGAAAGGGAAAUGGAUUCACAAUAAGCUGAUUACUUUCGGUGUAACACAAGAUAUGUAUAUGGAUACAGCUCUAUCUGACAUGUAUGCUAGAUGUGGUGACCUUCAGACGGCUCAAAGAGUUUUCAAUAGCAUGACAGAACGAAGUACAGUUUCAUGGAGUGUUAUGAUAGCAGGUUAUGGGAUGCAUGGUCACAUUGAUGCUGCUACCUCACUCUUUAACAAAAUGGUAACAUCGGGAAUAAGGCCAAACGAUGUUAUAUUCAUGAAUAUUCUAUCGGCUUGCAGUCACGCUGGAUAUGUUGAAGAAGGGAAGUUUUACUUUAAUUCGAUGAUCAAGGACUUCGAUGUCAAGCCCAAUUCUGAGCAUUAUGCAUGUUUGGUCGAUAUGCUGAGUCGAGCAGGUUAUCUAAAUGGAGCGUAUGAAGUCAUAAAUUCAAUGCCAUUUCCUGCAGAUGCUAGCAUUUGGGGUGCAUUGGUUAAUGGAUGUAGGAUCCAUCAGAGAAUGGACUUUCUAAAAAGCAUCCAAGGAGACCUUGUAAAUAAAGAUACAAAUGAUUCUGGAUAUUAUACACUGUUAUCUAAUGUAUAUGCAGGAGGAGGAGAAUGGAAUGAAUUCAGGACAGUUAGAUCAAAGAUUAGAAGCAUAGGUCUUAAAAAGGUCCAUGGGUAUAGUUUGAUUGAGGUUGAUAAGACAUCAUAGUGUUUGUGUGGGUUUUUUGGGAACAAACCUGAAUCUCUGGUCUAUUGUACAGUGGUGAAUUCAUGACGUUUGACAAUACUGAGAUGUUGAAUAUUGCUAACGUGUUUGGUACGCUAGAUUGAUAAAGGAACGUGAUGAAAGAAGAACAUACGUUUGUCUUGUGUAACCAUGGCCAUUUUGUUAACUAGCAUGCCUCAAUAAUGUAUAAUUUUUUUCUUACUUUCUUGGAGUAUCCAAUUCAAUCAUAUUGUACCUAUUGACAUCUGAAUCAUGUUUGGUGUACAGGGCCCCUUGUAGUACAAGGCCCAGUCAUUAUAAUUCUUGACAUCUAUGUACAUGGGUUCUGAAAUUAAGGAAAUAGUACAAUUGAACUUUA